GACGGAGGGCGGCCAGUGCGAGGCAGCAGCUCGGCCCGACCGCGGACGGUGGUGCGCAGCUGUGAGUGCGAGUGUGGCAGUGCGCGCGCCAGCAGGCCGAGUCGAGGAUGCCAAGGGCAGAGGCGCGAGCGGCCGAGCGCGCGACGCAGCAGCCGACCACGGGCAACCCUCCAGCGCGUCUGCUGCUCGUUUCGUAGUGCUCCCGUCACCCGCUCUCUCGGCCCAUCCGGCCCACCUGACUCGGGUGCGUGGGAGUUGCUGCUGUGUCGAAAUACAUUCAAGCGAGUUUCGUCUCUCACUCGCGCGCACUCUACGCUAUUGAUUGUUCCACGCGGUCGGCGAACAGCAGCAGCAGUCUUCGCAAUUUUCACACGUCGCCCGAAAAGGCAAUCGAUCGCUCGCGCGAGUUUGGCGCGGCGCGAGCCUGCAGCGACUGCACGGAAAGCCGAAAGGAACGGUAGUCCGAAGCAACAUGAAGCUGGAAUUCAUGGAUAGGGAGAAAGGCUUGGAACUGUUCGGCAAGCUCAUUCGCACGAAGGAUGUCGAGAACCUCCAGGGCGAGCAGGCGCGAGCCGGCGGCCCAGGCCGCGGCCGCGGCGCAGCUGGCGGAGGCGCCGAGGCCGGCUCCAAACAGAAACUACAGAAGUGCCUAACGACUCUGGACCUGACGUCCCUUGGUGUGGGCUCGUGCGUCGGGACAGGGAUGUACCUCGUCGCCGGGAUGGUGGCGCGGAGCGUCGCCGGCCCCGGCGUCGUCGUCUCCUUCAUCAUUGCGGCCAUCGCAUCCAUUUUUUCCGGGGCUUGUUACGCGGAGUUCGGAGUUCGAGUGCCUCACACGACGGGCAGCGCUUACAUGUACAGCUACGUGACGGUGGGCGAGCUCAUAGCCUUCAUCAUCGGCUGGAACAUGAUCCUGGAGUACCUCAUCGGGACUAGCGCCUGUGCCGCCGCGCUCAGCGCCUGCCUGGACGCCCUUGCCGACGGCGCCGUAUCCGAGGCCAUUGGCAGCGUCUUCGGCACCUUCUUCGGUCGGCCGCCGGACUUGGUCGCCUUCGUGAUAACGCUGCUGAUGAUGGUGCUGAUGGUGGCGGGUGUGAGAAAGUCGCUGGUGUUCAACAACGUACUGAACACCCUGAACCUUGCCGUCUGGGUGUUCAUCAUGGCCGCGGGCAUGUUCUACGUGGACUCGAGCAACUGGUCCGAGCACAAGGGCUUCCUUCCCUACGGCUGGAGUGGGGUGUUCACCGGGGCGGCCACGUGCUUCUACGCGUUCAUCGGAUUCGACAUAAUCGCCACCACGGGCGAGGAGGCGACGAAUCCCAAGAGAAGUAUACCCCUAGCAAUAGUCUCGUCGCUGGUGAUCAUCCUCGUCGCCUACGUCACUAGCAGUAUGGUCCUCACGUUGAUCGUGCCAUACGACGAGGUCGACCAGGACUCGGCGCUGGUCGAGAUGUUCGGCCAGGUGGGCGCCUACAAGUGCAAGUACAUCGUGGCCGUGGGCGCUCUGGCGGGCCUCACCGUCUCCAUGUUCGGCAGCAUGUUCCCCAUGCCGCGAAUCGUCUACGCGAUGGCCCAGGACGGCCUGAUAUUCCGGUCCUUGAGCCAAGUGUGGCCGAUGACGGGGACUCCCGCUCUGGCCACCGUCACGUCCGGGCUGUGCGCGGCCGUGGCUGCGCUCCUGAUCCAGCUCGAAGUGCUCGUCGAGAUGAUGUCCAUCGGUACGCUGCUGGCCUACACGUUGGUGUCGACCUGCGUGCUGAUUCUGCGAUACCAGCCGCACACGACCAACCUGGUGGAGCUGCUGCCGCAGAGCCUGCGCACCCCGUGCCGCUCGCCCUCGAGGGAGACCGCCGCGCCCACCACCUACGGCAAAGAGCUCAGGCCCGACCAGCUGGCCACGGCGCUGAACAGCGCCCAGGCGCAGGCGGACCUCGGCGUGUGCAGCAACGGCCAGAGGAUCAUGGUGCGGCGAGUGAGGCGGGCGAACAGCUCGUCGCCGGAGUCGGACGACACGUACGGCGGCGACGAGGAGGAGAUCGGUCUGGGCAAGGACGACCAGUACCUGGUGAGUGAUCGCACCGAGAACAAGUUCUACGGCAGCGUGCACGCCGCCGCCGCCGGCUCGAGCUGUGGCAGCGCCCACCAGUACGCUGCGCACACGCCCAUCAUAGGGCCGCCGCUCGGCUACCUGCAGCGCAAGUUACAGGAGGCCCAGUACCUGUGCCCGGCCAUCUUCCCCUGGGUCGACCGGGGCCCCGCCACCGAGGAGUCCGGCCGCGCCGUCAUGAAGCUCGUCGGCCUCCUGUACAUCCUCAUUUUCGCGUUCGACCUGAUCGUCGUCUGCGCCAUGGGGAGCAUGGGCGGCUUCACCAAGUUUCUGCUGUUCGUCUUGUUCUGCGGCAUCGUCGGCGUGCUGCUGGUGAUCAGCAGGAAGCCGCAGAGCAGGAACACGUUCAUGUUCAUGACGCCGGGACUGCCGUUCGUGCCGGCGAUCGCGGUCACCGUCAACGUCUACCUGAUCUUCAAGCUGAGCAUCCUGACGCUGGUCAGGUUCACUCUGUGGAUGGUGCUCGGCUUCGCCAUGUACUUCAAGUACGGCAUCAAGAACAGCUCGCUGGAGCGCGGCGGCGCCGAUCGGGAGGCCGGGGCGGCCGGGGCGGCCGAGGCGGCCGAGCCCAGCGGCGGCACGAUCGAGCUCAAGGUGACGGACGUGAACCGCGCGCAGGCCGCCGCCUCCUCCUCCUCGCCGUACGCCGCCUCCGACCGCAGCAUCUACGAGGGCGAGCAGCUCGACGCCUUCGGCCAGCCCGUCUUCGGCAGUACCAGCUUCGGCGGCGCCGCCGCCGCCACCGGCUCGUCCUCGCUCUUCGUCGCCCAGGACAGCUUCCCCACUUGGGACGACUGAAGCGCCCCCGUACUCGAAUAGUGCCGCCGAUCGCCAGCUUCCGCGCCGCUGAUUUGCUCUCGCUGCCCGCGCCGGUUCGUCUCUCCCUCGCUCUCUUCCGUCUUCUCGUUUGCAAGUGAGUUCGCUUCGUUCGCCGCAUCUCGGACGACGCAGCUCGUCCGCUCUUCGAAGCCUUCCACCAGGACUGCCCUGGGUGUCGCUCGAUAUUUUCGUAUGAUAUUUUUCACGAACCCGUCGAUUCUCUUCCGUUAUUCCGCGCUCGCUGGCCAUUAUUACGUUACGGCAAAUGGACCGGUCCAACGGGCCAGCUAAUUUUUUCAGAGAGCCGAACCUUUUCAAGGGGACUGCACUCGUGACACUCGACAUAUCACGCGAAUUGGUCAUGCACGCUGGGGGCAACAAACGAUCGACGAAGAACUGAUGAAUUUCAUAUCAGAAAGUUUAUUUGCUUGACUGAUAUAGGCGAUAUACUGUAGUUCACUGAUGGAUGUAUUUUAAUGAAGAUUAUACAGAUACACGUACACGGUUAGCAAUCGUUAGAGGAGACACUAUUAUCAUCACCGUUGUAGUUACGAGUCACCAUUCCAGUCUAAAUUCUCUCGCAAGUGAUAUUUUUCCGGCAACUCUCUCAGGCGCGUACGUUGCUUUACGCGAUUCGGUCAUUAUCGAGUAUCGUUCAGUGAACAAGUCUGUAGUACUAUACAUAAUUAACGAUUUAACAUUCGUAUCACUUUUAUACAAAACAAAUUGAUGUAUAUGAUAAGCGGGGGCAAGACCUUUUUUGCGAUUCUCUUCGAUUAUUUUCGGGCACCAUUGAUCAUGCCGAUACGCAUUUACAGGCGUAACCAUGAUAACAUUUUCGAAAGCUUGGAUUUCCAUCCAUCUAAAGUAAUGCGAAAGCGAAAAGCAAAAUCUCUACGCGCAAGAAUAAGUCUUUACGUUGCUCGUUCAUGCUUCCGUGUAUUCUAAUUUAUACGUCGCCGUUGCACAUUAUAGGUCAAACAAUCUAGAGGCGCGCACAUUGAAUGUCGGUCGGUAUCGGUUAUCGACGUUACGACAAUGCUAUGUAACAGCCAAAAAAACAUAAUUUCUUGCGAAUAAGCUGGCUCCCGUUGACGAAUGCUCCCCUUAUUUUGAGCGAUGCAUAGCAAAUAAUUGCGGCAAUAUUAACUAUAUUAUCGUAGUACUUAAACGACUGUUGAUGGAGAAAGCGAGAAUGAGGAGAAAAAGAAGUCGAUAGUAAAUAAAAGGAUAUAUAUAUAUAUAUAUAUAUAUAUAUAAAGUUAUAUUAUAUGGGUUGAAGAGACCAUAUUAAUGUGUAAGUUCAAACAUUCCAUUUUAAAUAUACAAUCGUUUUAUUUGUUAAAUAUUUGAGAUUCAUUAUAUAUAAUAAAAUAGAGAUGUACGUGUCAGAUGUACGUGCGGUUGCAACUAAUUGUUGAGGGAGACUACUGUUUGUCUUGCCUGAUUCCAGUCCCUUCGAAAAACGCGUCCUAGAAUUUUAACGUACUUAACCCGUAUUUAUUGAAAUAAUUGUGAAUGAAUAUUUAUUGAACAUUUAUCUGUCUUCUUCUCCUAAAUAUUUUAUGCGCCGAUCGUUCUUUUAUGCCAAUUGUAUAAUAAAAAUCGUUUUAAUAGGAGAAAAAAAUAACACUAAUUGCCGACGACUUUCCAAUUACGCUAUUUCAAUUAUAAUCAGACGCCAAUCAACGUUAAGACGUCUAACCAAAAUUGUUCUCUUUUCAUCGAGUCGAAUUAUGUUAUUAUCUAUUUCGACAACAAGCACGCAAUUUUUGAGCAGAGAAACUGCAGAAUAUAAAUAUUCUGGUCUUGUAAAUAAAUUUACCAUCUAGAUAUUGUAUUCGCUUGGGUCUGAUAUUAAAAGUAGUGCAAUGUCUUUCGUCUGAAAAACAGUUGUAAUUCCAUUUUUCUUUUUCAUCUGAGUGUAAAAAUUGCUUUGAUGCUCAAAAAAAUCUGCUAGUUUUCCAAAAGAAAUGUUUUCUACUCUUAUUGUGAUUUCCAAAGACUUGUCUGUUUGUUUUCCUAAGCGUCGUCAUUGCGUAAGACAUUUUGCUUGCAGCUUUCGUAACACAAAAUAUGAGGUCUCUGUUAAUUCUACAGUUAGAGGUAUGACAGGUUUAUUAAAUGCGACAGUAAAGUAUGAGGUUUGAUCGGAACUGUUAAAAUAUUAAAUAAAAGUUUAUGAUAUAUCAAUAUAAUUAUAUAAAAAAGUAUAAUUACUGCGUCUUUUGCUGUUUGUGAAUUUAAAACUGAUCCGACUAUACUAUACAUAUAUACAUAUUAAUAUAUAAAAAUGUCGUGCUGUAACAAUCGUUUAUUUGAGUUUUUGAAAAAAGUGAGAAAGACAAGUUAUGAAUAUUAUUCUGUGAAAUAACAGUGCCUGUACCCCAGACGCUAGUCAGAAUUUAGAUUUGUUGGUUCGUAUCGACAGAUUGAGACACUUGUCGUUUCAAACUAUUGAGAUUAUCCGCUAUUAUUGCUAUAUUCAAAUAGCCAAAAUCAGUGUUCUUUUGCAAAUAUCAGUUAUAUCAUUUGGGACUGACUAUGGAACAACAAUUUUUCGUUUACGUUUUAAAAGAAUUUAUUUAUAUAAACAGUACUACAAAAACUAGCUAAUUGAUAUAGGCGAUUAUAGGCGAUUCGUAGCGAACAUACAGAUAUUAUUCGUUUGUAAAGUUUAUAAAGAAGAGCUGUAGGCAAUCGUUCUUUCAUUUAUAACGAUGUGAUUUAUUGAAAAUGCCUGCGAAGCUUAUUCGAACGAAAUUGAACGACUAUCGUUGCGUUUGUGAAGUAUCGUUUGAAAGCAAGCUGAAGCUUCCGACAAUUGUUUUAAACAGGACGAGUUCGGCCUAUAUUGACUUACCUUAUUGUUAGUACAAAGUGUCACAGGAGACUUCAUCGCGCGCACCACUUUACUCAUUCGGUUCUCCGAGUCGAACGACGGACAAAUGUUAAUUACUCGACUUCUACUUUAGAGUUGAUUAAAUGUAUAGUAGUCACUGGAAGAACAUGAUGGAUACGUGAGAAAUGUCUCAGCUUGUGACACGUUUUUUAAGGUAUGCCGAAUUUUCGAAGUUUCAAAGUUUGCAAGUCUGGUAAAUAGAGAAGCGCACUUUUCGCGUGACAUUAAAAAUCUCCUAAUUGAAUUAAAAAGAAAUAAAGUAAAUAACAUUUGGAUAUUUGAGAGAUUGUUGAGAAACGAUGUGUUUUAUGUUUAGACGAUAUAGCAAUCGGAUCCGAACCUUGUAAGCAAUGCACACCGCCCAGAAAAGCCAGCACCUCGUAGAUUUAAGCGUGAUUCAUCGGAUUUUGCAGAGAACGUGCGAUCAAGGCAAGGGUUAUACGAAGAGCCGCAUGAAUUGAUAUAGUUUCGAUUAGACAGCAUCUGCGUUCAUUUACUGUACGUGCUCCUCUUUUCCGAUCUGAGUUUCUCGUUACAUGUACAUAAUGUUCCUAGUAUUUGAAUAUCACGAAUAGCGAGGAAUUUUUAUGUACUGUGCAUUUCAUUCGAACAGAAUGUGUAUGAGAGUCCGCGAACUUCUGAUGUGGAUGUUUCUCCUUUAGUUUACGUUUUGUUAAUCGUUGUCUUGACGAUCAACCCAGCCAAUUUACAGAAACGCGAAAUUCAAGAGAAGAACUCAAAUGGAGAAAAAAAUUGUUCGUUAAGUGUAAAAUAUUUGCACAUACAUGAUCGCAUUAUUGCAUUGUACUUAUGUGCUGCGCGAGCAAUGACUUCUGAAUCUCUAGUACAUAAGACUUAUGAAAAAAAGUAAUAAAAAUGACACA